UCCGGGACACUAGGGGACGCCAGUGUUUGUUUCCCGCAGAUGAAAGUGUUGUCUGACUCUUCACGCUUCGACAUUUCCGAUCAACCUUUUUCACAUCAUUGACUCCGAAUCGAUGCAGUUGUUUUUUUUUUUCUUCAAAAAUGACAUAGAAAGUCACUACUUCUAUAUAAAAGUAAAGCAUGGACGCCGCCGAUGUGUUUCUCCCGGUUAUUGCCUGGUGCAGAGCGAGACAGUUACAGGACAGCCAGACUGAGGCUCGGCGAAAGGAGCGCCGCCUGCAGCUGCUGGCAGCAAGGCGGCUGCGCCUCAAGAAGCUCCACGAAACAUGGGCGCUGAGAGAAAAGGUCUACAAACAGAGUAAACUGCGUCGCCUCUGUGCUCAUGACACAUGGAUAAAAGGGAUUACACAUCAGUUCUUGAGGGAUCGCAUGCGACAAAGUCCAAAAGUGUGGUUUCACCCUCGGACCAGCGACUGGUGGGAGAACAAAGCAUCUACUUUCACAGAUCAUCAGUGGCUGCAGCAUUUUAGAGUGUCGAGAGAGACCUUCUCCUACCUCUGCACAACGUUAAAGCCACAGUUGAAGAGGCAGGACACCAAUUAUCGCCUCUGCAUCCCCUUACAGAAGAGAGUGGCUUUGACUCUCUAUAAAUUGGCCCAUGCCUGUGACUACAAAACUGUGGCAGAUCUCUUCGCUGUGGGGGUAGCGUCUGUUUGCCGCUGUGUGCAUGAGUUUUGCACAGCGAUCAUUGAAGUGCUUAAACCUCAGCUUGUUUUGACACCCAACAAAUCUCAACUUCAGGAAAUGGAGGAUUUUUUCUUUCACACAUAUGGGAUUCCUGUGUGUAUUGGAGUAUUAAACAGCAUGUACAUCCCAGUCAUCAGACCGCCACAUCUCCAGUCUGAGCAACCUAAUAGAGAAAGUUAUCUUGCUAUCUUAUUACAAGCAGUGGUUGAUGGCAAAGGCCUGUUCUGGGACCUGAGCAUGAGCUGCCCAACGUGGGUGAAUGAGUUCAGUGGAGAAUUACUGGUAUGUGAGGAUUUUUCCAUCAGGAUGCACGAUAUCUGUCGAACGGACAGUAACCGUUUUAUUCUUGGUGAUGUUGGGUAUCCUUCUCAACACUGGCUUCUCAAACCCUACACCAAUACAAGCUGGCUGACUGCAGAGCCCGAGAUGCUUAAUACUCAGAUUAGUGCAGCGCGCAGUGUUGCCCAGGAUGCCUUUGAGAGGCUGAAGGGUAGGUGGAGGUGCCUGAACAGAAGAAAUGACUGCAAUGUGGAGAUUGUCAAGGACAUGGUAGAGACUUGCUGUGUGCUUCAUAAUCUCUGUGAGAAAAACAACAACAUGUUCCUUCUAGACUGGAUCGGUCAAGAGCCACUUCAGACUGAUAAUGAAAUCCCUCAAAUAAAAAUUGAGACAGAGUCAUUAGAUGAUUUUCAGUAGUUGAUACAGGACAGUGCAGAAUAAUCUCCUCACAUUUUACUACCCAAUCUUACAUUGACAAAUGUGGCCAUCAUUUCCCAUUCUUAUCUCUUGAGUUGUUGGAUAUGUCCUAUUUAUUUCAGUCAAUUAAAGACAACUUUUUAUCCACUGUUAACUUUGUAUGCCUGUGCCAGAGAGAGAUACUGUAUGAACACAAAUAUUUGUAUACAUAUAUUUUUGCAAAGUUCCUUUACUUAUGCUGCUCUGUUGUUUCAAAGUUACAGAAAGGCUUAGAAAAAUAAACGUAAAUCUUAUACAAA